UGUCGAGACAUUUCACCGAGGAACUCCUGGAUCAGUGGGGGGAGGAAGAUCACACUCACUGGAUCUCACCUGGAGUUUGUGGAGGGGGUCAUUCACAGCCGAGCCCCUCAGGAAGUCCAACCUCCGACUGACAGGAACCAUCAGAAUCUCACCUUCAAGUCACCUGCAGCUACAAAUCCCUCCAGAGUUUCCAGCAGUUCUCUUCUGUUGAAAGUCGCCAAUGAAACCUUGAUCUGCUCCACAAACCUGAUCUACCAUCCAGACCCAGAGUUCACCAGCUUCACAUCCACACAGAGGGGUGACCACGUCCAGAUCACCAUACAGAGAAAAGCAGACAAACUGGAGAUAACACCAGCGGAGUUGUCAGUAUGGGGGGAGCAGGAGGAGAAACGAUACCCCUGCAUCAUGGAAGACAAAGACCCCGGUGAAGAGUUCAACUUUUACUCUUGUGAGAUUCAGAGCCCACCCAGCGCACAGUUCCAGACGUUAAUGAUUAAAUACGGUGACAAGACAGUGUUACUUGCUCCUCCAGUGUUAAUGCCUCCAGUCAUUGUCAUCCUGCGCUUCAUGCUGAUCCCCUGUGUUAUUGCUGCCUUCGGUCAGAUGGUCCUGCUGCUCGGUCUGCUUUUAAUCCUCUGUGGAGCCCCGAGUCUGUGUCUGGAGGAAGACACAUCCUUUCUCUUGGAUGGAGACAUCCGUCACUUGGCCGUGGACAGUAACACGGUUUACAUCGCCACUGAAGAGAAACUGUACCAGCUGAACCACGACCUGACCCCGGUCCACAGUCUGACCCUGAGAGGAGUCCUGCAUCCGGACACGGAGGACUUCUACAGAGUUCCUGCUGCCGCUGACUGGAACGCAACUUUCAGGGUCAAUGUUUUAUUACCGUUUGAGAAGAAUCAGUCUGUGAUCAGCUGCGGUGUGAUCGAUGGAGCGUGUGGAUACUGUGAGAUUCUGGACCUGAACAACAUCUCCAACAUUCUGCACAAGGAAAACUUCCAGAAAGAUUAUCAAAGGAUGCUUGGAAGACAGCUUCAGCCGAAAGUUCUCCUCAGACAGAGCAACAUGACCUCUGUUCUGGCAGUGAGGCAGAACAGCUGGAUGGUUUUCUUCAUCGGGACUGGAGACGGGCAGCUCAUCAAGCUUGCUGUGGACAGGAACUAUCACACCGCCUGUCCCAGAGUGCUCUACAGGUCGAACCACUACCGCCGAGUGUUUCCCAGAAUGCACCUGGAUCCAGUGGAUCAUAAACAUGUGUAUGUGCCAUUUCAAAAUGAGGUGAAGCGUGUGGCUGUAGCAAAGUGCAGCACACACACAAAUGUCCAGGAGUGGUGGACUGCUCAGGAUCCAUACUGUGUGUGGUGUGUCUCCAAAGGAAGCUGCACCUUUGAAGAUGACUGUGAGGACUCCCACUGGCUGUCCAUUCCUGAUGUCUUCCAGCAGAAACUGAUUUCCCACAAAGUUGUUGAAGACGGGACUGGACAGCUCACUCUGAACAUCCAGACUCAUGUGAGUGUGAGCAAAGAGACGCGGUUCGCCUGUCAGUUCUCCACAACUUCUGGGGAGCUUUGUAGCCGGGAUGGCCUUCCUCCACAGUUCCCACAAUGCACCUGCACCCUUUCUAAACAGAACGUUCCUCCUGAAGAGUAG